AGUAUAAUCUGUGUUGGAAUUGCUGCCCUGUGAAUUCCAAGCUCAGGGCAAAAGUAGGGUAAAGGUAGAUACAAAGUAGAAGCCAAAACUACAGCAAAGAGAAAAUCUGGAGGGGCUGCAGCCAGUUUAACUUUUAUUUUUUUAAGAAGAAAUACCUGCACGUUUGUUUCUGUGCACUGAACUAUACAUUUUUAGUUUUAAUAAUCUUCCAGCGGAAAAGAAACCUGUAUUUGAGACAUUCAGACUAUCAAACAGGAGGAAAAGAAGCAGCCUGAAACAUAUCUCACCCAGUUAAUGAAAACAGGAAUUACAUUGCUGGAUGAUGGAAGAAAAAACCGUUCCAAAACAUGGGGAUAAGAAUGCAACACAGCUACACCAGUGAUUCUGAAUUAGAAAGAAAAAUUGUCAAAAGAUCACUAUGCUCCAACUUGAAAACCUCUGCAUGUUACGGUGUGAUAAUAAUUUGGAUGCACUGGUGAGCCCUACCUAAACUGAAUGUCUUUUUAACUGAGAAAUCAUUAAGGCUUCUUUUCAAAACAACGGAUUGAAGAAUAAACAAAUUAAGAAAGCUAUUUUAGGAGCCUGAGUGUGGAUAGGAAAUGAGGCAGUGAGAGACCUUUCAGGGGAAUCCAGGCACAGGUGAAGGAAAACGUGGAGUGGAAGUUGGAGUAUCUGAGUAUCUGGAGAAGAAAGCCACCAGAAAGUAAAAGAGUAUGGCAAUGAUGAAGGAGAUUCUCCGGUCCAGAAAUCUCUUGCUCGUUGUUCUCAUUCCACUUCUGCUGCUUCCUCUGCCACUCUUAUUCCCCAGCAGCGAAGCCUCAUGUGCCUACGUGCUGACUGUGACAGCUGUAUACUGGGUCUCUGAAGCAGUACCUCUCGGUGCAGCAGCCUUAGUUCCUGCUUUCCUAUACCCACUUUUUGGAGUCAUGAAGUCCAGUGAGGUGGCUGCCGAAUAUUUCAAGAACACAACUUUGCUCCUCAUGGGUGUGAUUUGUGUGGCAGCUUCUGUAGAAAAGUGGAAUCUCCACAAGCGAAUCGCCCUGCGUAUGGUCAUGAUGGCUGGAGCAAAGCCAGGCAUGUUGCUUCUUUGCUUUAUGUGUUGUACCACGGUGCUCUCCAUGUGGCUUUCCAACACAUCCACCACAGCCAUGGUGAUGCCAAUCGUGGAGGCAGUGCUCCAGGAGCUAGUGAAUGCUGAGGAGGAACAUGAGGUCAUCAAUACUGCAGGAAGCACCAUUAUUGAAGAAAACGAGCCAAUAGGUCAGAGCCGUCUGACUUGUACUGCCAAAGACACAGGUCUCAGCGAAAAGCAUGGCCAACCUUCACUGGAGCUUAUCUUCAUCAAUGAGGAUGCUACCACUACUGACUUCAGCUCCUUGAUGCACUCAAAGAGUAUGAAUGGUGUGCACAUGAUAGCCAACGCUAUUGGAACGAUGAAUUCUAAGAGCAAUGGGCAGUGCCUACCUCAGGCUCAGAUACUGGUCCUGCCUCCUAAGCCCUCAGAACUGGGCCUGAGCACUAAGUACCGGUAUCAGACCAGACAUGACCACAUGGUCUGUAAAUGCCUCUCACUGAGUAUCUCCUACGCGGCAACCAUUGGAGGACUGACAACCAUCAUAGGGACUUCCACUAGCCUCAUAUUCUUAGAACAUUUCAACAACCACUACCCAAAUGCUGAAGUGGUGAAUUUUGGAACCUGGUUUUUGUUCAGUUUCCCCAUCUCCCUCAUCAUGUUGGUCCUGACUUGGUUCUGGAUGCAUUGGCUCUUCUUGGGUUGCAAUUUUAGAGAGACCUGUUCUGUGAGCAAGAAGAAGAAGACCAAACGGGAAGAAAUGUCAGAGAAAAGAAUUCAAGAAGAAUAUAAGAAACUGGGAAAUGUUAGCUAUCCUGAGAUGGUGACUGGGCUUUUCUUCGUUCUGAUGACCUUGCUUUGGUUUACUCGUGAGCCUGGCUUUGUACCAGGAUGGUCAUCUUUUUUUGAGAAGAAAGGUUACCGGACUGAUGCCACUGUCUCUGUAUUCCUUGGCUUUCUUCUCUUCCUGAUUCCAGCAAAAAAGCCAUGUUUUGGAAAAAGGGAAAAAGGAGAUGGUGAAACGUCAACAGACGUUAACACACUGGAUCCCAUCAUUACUUGGAAGGACUUCCAGAAGACCAUGCCCUGGGAGAUUGUAGUGUUGGUUGGAGGAGGUUAUGCCUUAGCAGCUGGAUGCAAGACCUCUGGUCUCUCUACAUGGAUUGGACGCCAAAUGCUUUCCCUGAGCAGCCUUCCCUGCUGGGCUGUAACUCUGCUGGCCUGCAUUUUGGUGUCCCUGAUAACAGAGUUUGUUAGUAAUCCAGCAACCAUAACCAUCUUCCUGCCUAUUUUAUGCAGCAUGUCAGAAACCCUGCUUAUCAACCCUUUAUACACCCUGAUUCCUGUCACCAUGUGUAUCUCAUUUGCGGUGAUGCUGCCAGUGGGUAAUCCUCCAAAUGCCAUUGUCUUCAGUUAUGGGCACUGCCAGAUUAAAGAUAUGGUGAAAGCUGGCCUGGGUGUAAAUCUGAUUGGCUUGGCUGUUGUCAUGGUGGCAAUCAACACUUGGGGAAUUAGACUUUUCCAGCUGAAUACUUUUCCAGAAUGGGCAGCAGUCAGCAACAUCACUAACCAAACAUAACCUCCAAUGAAAAAAAAAAGUGCAAGACCAAAGUGAGUUGGGACAAAAUAUUAAACCUACAUUGCACGCAUGAAAGAAAGGAGAAAACUUGUGUAUACAUACAACAAGGAUCCAUAGCAAACCAUGAAGAAAACCAACAGGGAAGUCUUCUGCAAAAGCUUUUCAGUUCUGAAAAUCAGUAUGGGUUAAAAGGAGAGAUUAGUUUUGCUCUGUUGUUGCUUUCCCUGUGAUACCAUAACUCUGAAAAGAAGCAUCUCCCCCAAAUUCUCUGCCUAUGGCCUUUUCAUGCCCUAGAACAAUUACGUAGGACUUGUAAAACAGGGGAUAUGGGAGUCCAAUGACAGAAGUGAAUACAUACACUAGUGUGCUCAGUAGUGGGAUAGUCAAUCCUACCAUUGACUCCUAUGGUGAAUGAAGAGUGAGUCUUAUUCCCAAACCUAGAGUUUUAUAAGCCUACUUCUUUUAAAGGCAAAUUAUUAGUCUUCUUUUGAGGUGAGUCAUCACUGUGUUGGAAAAAAACACUUUCCCAGCUAAUGCAAGUGGCCCAGAAAGAAAUACAGCUACCAACCACAGCACUUCAAAGGGAUAAUAGAAACCACCAAACAGCUAGGAAGGAGAAGUCUCCUAUGAGACUUGUUUUUCCACUGCACUCGUAUAAAGUUUCCAAUAUUGCAGUACUUGCAAUCUCUGCUUUGGAAGGAAGAGCUUCAGAAACAGAUAGAAAGUUUUGGUCAAUACCUUCUUUCCUUAUCAUUGUACUGCAGCGGGAGCUUUUUCAGCAGGGGAAGCUGUGACCAGCAAAACCUUCCCAGGCCAACAGACCCAUUGUUCUCCUCCCUCUUUGGCUGCUGUUUAGACAGUUCAGCAGUUACGAUUCCCAACAGAGAAAGUACAAUCUGGUCCAAGGUGGCACUCAGCACUGCUCCAUGAAUAAAAAGGGAGAAGGCUGAAGUGGAGUGGUGCUGGUCUAUCUCCUGAUGGUGCGCACUCACUUGAACAUCACACCCACCUGCUCUCAAGCAGCUCAGAGAACAGGAACUUCAACCAUAGAAAACUGUGACAUAGAGUGGCUAACUACCAAACCAAAACACCAAUCUCCUCAUCAUCUGCAAAGUGAAUGCCCUGCUUUUCUGAGUGGAUCCCUGUGAUACUCAGUAAACCUUAUCUUGUAUUAUGUCCUGUUUUUAAUAAUUUCUUUCAUGUCAAUGCAUUUAAGCUCUGUAUUAGGAUGAUUGGAUCUUGUAAUCGCACUCUUUAUAUAUACACUUUAAUGAAUUUUUAUGCUUUCCACUUAUAAUCUGGGCUACUUAGAUGUUAGUAUAAAUGCCUAUUCUGCAAAAAUAAAAUGUCAAUAAAAUAAAUUAUUCACUAUUGCA